AUGGAUUCGGAAAAAAAGCCAGCAACGGUAGGGGAGAAGGUACAGCCGCCCCCAGUGCUGUGCGAGAACAAUUGCGGGUUCUAUGGAAAUCCAGCGAACAACAAUUUAUGCUCAAAGUGUUUUAGGGAAUCAGAAGAAAAAAAAAAAAAAGAGUUGGCUAAUAUGGAAAAAAUAAGUGAAUAUAUUGAUCCAAAUUAUACAGAGGGAAAAGGAAAAGGUAAGGGGAAAUCAAGUAAGGGAAAGAAGGAAAAAACGGGAGAUGAUGAAACACAAGAGAAAAUGCAAAUACAAAGAGAUAUGGUGAGUCAUGAUAAUAAUACAGGUAUUAAUAAUAAUAAAACAAGCGUUAAAGAUGAUAAUGUUAAUUCAAGUAUUAAAAAUGAGAAUGACAAUAAUACUAUUGCGAAAAGUAAUAGUAAUGAUAGUUGUAAUACUAACACUAAUACCAAAAGUAGUACUAACCCCAGUAGUAAUAGCAGUAUCAGUGCGCUUGGUGAAAAAAAUACUGAGAACAAACCGUCUACCAGUGGUAGUAAUACUGCAGGCACAACCGAGAAUAAAACAAAGUGCUUUUUAUGUAAUAAACGAAUUGGAUUAUUAGGUAUAAAAUGUAGAUGUGAACAUUAUUUUUGCGCACUUCAUCGAUAUGCUGAUACACAUAACUGUACAUUCGAUUAUAAGAAAUAUUAUAAAGACCAGUUAAUGAAAAAUAAUGUUAAAGUUGUAGCAGACAAGGUGAAAAAAAUAUAA